CGCAUUGCUGUUGUUGCUCCUGACGCUCGAGACGCUCUGCUGGAAAAAGCCACCUGAAACACAACCGGAAAUCCAUCCACUCACGUGUAGCGUUUGUCAACCUUGAGAAACCGAGACGCUAGCUUAGCAUUUGAUGUCUUCAUACAAAGCACGUUAAUAAUGCCAGUUGCCAGAAUGUUACAUUCGGUCUACCAGCUGGGUAACCCCCAGCUGAGGAUAUUCAGACCCAACUGGUUCCUCACUCUAGUGAGGCCUGGGAAAGAGCAGCCUCCUGACACUGUCCAGUUCCGCAUCCCAAUAGAAAUGACCAAAUACGACAUCAAGAACUACUUGGAGAAAAUCUACAACGUCCCAGUUGGAGCGGUUCGCACCAGGAUACAGUUUGGGUCCAACAAAAAGAGGAACCACCUGAACCAGAGGGUUAAAACGCCAGACUACAAAGUGGCCUAUGUUCAGCUGGCACAGGGCCAGACUUUCAGCUUUCCUAACCUCUUCCCUGAAAAAGACAGGGUGCCAGAGGAGGGCUCUUUGGAAGAGAUACAGGACAAGUUCAUGGAGGACGAAAAACAGAGGCAGAAACUUGACCCCAGGAGAGGAGGGGUCACCGAGUGGUUUGGACUUUAAGGCAGCCUGAAGACCGGGAAAUCAGAGCACAUGUACAUGUGUAGGACGCUGGGAGGAACAUGUAUUGAUCUGAAAUGCAACUCUUAAGAUGCCAUUUCUAUUUUUUUUUCUCCCCCUCAAGACACACAAGUGUUCAGAGAAGAAGUGUGUGGGAGACUGGACAUGUGUUUAGCAUGUUUGCAAGGCUUCAGUCCAGUAACCAGACAGAAAAGAAUUAGAGGAGGAGGAGAGUGGCCGGGCUCCAUCUUUAAUGAAAUCAGCCCACCACAUACGUUCUCCCAUCACCUCCAAUGACCUUUUCUCCUCCCUCUCUUUUCUCUGCCAUCUCUUUCUCAACUCACUCCUCAAUUUUGCCUCUUUCUUGUUUUUUUUUUUUUUUGUUUUGUUUUUUUGGUUCAUCACAUCUGUUAGCCCUUCUUCCCCAAGUUUAGUCCCUUCUUUCUUUACCACACAAAGGGUUUGUAGUUAGGAACACCUAAAAUCCUAAAAAAUAAAAUCAGAAAACUGGACUGGCUGCACAAACAGCCCACAUCAUUUCCUCUUUUAUGAGUUUGCCUUGGAUUAAUUGACCACUUUAGGUAAACAACAAGUGAGAUGUUGUUUCAGCAACGCAAGUACAUGGAGUUUUCACCAGGGAAACAGUAUCACUAUAUUUUGUGGUAGCAUGAAAGGCUGCAGGUAUGACGAGAGUCUGUACCUGAUGUUCUUCUCGGUAUCUGCCCACAUGUACAUCUUGCAGUGAAUUGGUGUAAUUUUGAAAGUUGUUUUAAUAAGAACUAAUAAAUAGUCCAUUUUCCAAAA